GUAUAAAAACCUCGAUUCCAGUGGAGAACAGCAUCAGUCCACGCACCUUCAGUCUUUGAGAUCGUUCGUCGCACGCAAACCCAAAACCCAACAAAUCAUCAUGAAAUUCCUCGUCUGCUUGGCUCUCUUCAUCGCCGCCGCCCAGGCUCAUGUUGUGGCACCCGCUGUGGCCACCUACUCCGCUGCUCCGGCCCUGACCUACGCAGCCGCCGCUCCUGUGACCACCUACUCGGCCGCCAUUCCGCGCGCCUACUCCGCCUACGCCGCCCCCUCCGUCUACGCCGCUCCCUCCGUCUAUGCCGCUCCAACCGUCUAUGCCGGCCCCUCCGUCUACUCCUCCUCCUAUGUGGCCGCGCCCUCCGUGUACUCCGCCUACGCCGCUCCCGCCGUCGUCUCCACUCUGCUCAAGAAGUAAACUGCUCCGAUCGAUCCAAUGAUAUGCCGCCAACUUUGUCAAUGAUUAUGAACCAUAAUAUAAAAAAACUUUGAAUUCAUGAAUCGAA